AUGUCGAGCAAUAAUCCUACAUCUCAAAAUCAAAUUCCCAGCGAAUCUGGCCAAAACCCUCAAUGCACUCAAUAUCAGCAAUCACAAACUUACCAGCAACACUCUCAAGGCUAUCAACAAUCCACAUACCAAGAACAACCAUACCAACAAACCCCAUAUACCCCAUCCUAUUCUACACAGCCUCAAACCCAACAACUCGUCUAUCAAAAUCCCUCUUACCAAAAUGAUCAAUACCAACAAACCACCUAUCAGAAUACUUCAACUACGUGGGCUCCACAAUACAACCAGCAACAACAAUUCCAGGCACAAUACCAAACCGUGCAGCCUGCACAGCUUACACAGCAUUCGCUUCAAAGUCUGCCUGUCCCUGGAAGAGACAAUGUGAAUGUGUAUUUGCGAGAUGAUCAGAAUUUUGAGAGAGUACCGCAAGGAUUGGAAACGAGACGGGAAGCCGGACUUCAAAAAUGGGAAAGAGGGUGGAAUGCUGCGGGGCGCAGAUAA